CGCAAAGAAGACAAUGGAAAAUCGAUUCAAUCGCGAUUACAGUUUUWCAUAUUCCUAUGACCCCGAUCCCAACCGUCRCCCCCGCCCAGAGCAAGACGACAUGGCURCGGUUCGAUUCCUGUUGCAAGGGACGGAAUCACUGAUCCGAAACACCCAAAACAAUCGAUAUGAUUCGGGGGAACAAUCGCGAUUUUAUCGRGACGGAGAGCGAGAGGAUCGAUCCUCGAAGUCAUCAUUCAUUGGCAUAUUUCCGUUCUUGAUAAAGAUUUCUGCUUACGGGCUCUUUGCAAUCAUUUUGAUUCUGAUUUCAUUGGGAGAAUUCGGCGUCUUUUAUAAACUAGUAAUGCCUAAGUUGCAUUCCAGUAACGUGCUGUACUUUGAUUACACCGGCACUGGUGCUGCAAAUCACGUAUCAGCGCGGAACCUAUACAGUGUUCCUAACGAUUUUGCAACCACUACUAAAACAGACACAGGAACGGCACACUUUGGUGUUGAUGACGAAGGCAAAGAUGACGAUAUAUGUUCCGAAAACCUAGACACUACGUCGACGACGGAUACCAUGUCUUGUUCUCCUAAGAAACCUUUGGACGAACUUCGAARCAAAGAAGAUUACCAAACAUCCCGACGCUCGAUGAUGACUGCUCCCGUCGCUGCUGUGGACCUAUUUUCAAACCACAAUUCAUGGGGACAUUAYCACCCAGACGUAGUGCCGUUACCAAAACAAGAGAAACACAUUCUUGCGAAGGGGGCUCCCCAUUACAUCGAAGUUCUCCUUGAUUUGCCGGAAUCUGAACUUAAUCUAGAAAAGAUCGGUAUGUUUAGUGUCCUCGUUGAAUUGCAUGCAUCAUCGAUAUCACUGCCGAACCUCAAUGAGACAGACAACUACAAUGGCACUACUACUKCCASAGAUACAYCAACUUCCACAACACUCUUGGCUUCGUCCAUUCGAACGACAAGAAUUCCUCACGAAUCGCACUGGAUAUCGGUCGUUCGCAAGUUCGUUUGCAUUAUACCCUACGUACUGGGAGCCAUCCCCGAAAGUCGAAGGGUGGUGAUUCCAUCCUAUCGAUUCUUCGUUGAGAGUGAGGCGUUUCCCCUGCGCUAUGUUACGGUCCGCCUCGUCAUGUCCCCGGAGAAUCAGCGGAGGGGAGAGGCCGUGGAAGUUGGCCAGGGAAUCUUGCAGAUAGGAGAAGAAAUGAGAGGUUUGCAGUUGGUUCUGAAAGAGUGGUUCUUCACAUGCCUGGUUGYGGGAACUAUUUUCCUCGUUGUGUUCCAAUCGGUCUUUCUUCUCGUCUUGCAAUCCUUAUGGGAGUUGAGGCGGCAUCGUUUGCAAGAGCGAGAGCAGGAAGGCAUCAUACUCGAGGACGACGUUUCUGRGGACUUGGGCCUGAACGGAUUUGACGAUGAAGCAGGUGGCAACGAAAAUGGCGAUGGUCAAGACGAAUCGUCUGUGGAAGGUUUCCAMGACACGAGGUCCGAACACCAACGCCAACGCCAACACAAUACUAGCUAUGACAUUGACGACGAACCRGGACAAUGGGAAGAUCUUCCAGAACCGGAUCUUGGUUCGCGGAGUACCACAUCCAAUSAAGUCGACGACSGGAAUGGUACGCAACCGACUGCAGACCGGCCAGGAGCACCCACAGAGGAAUUMCAACACGUAAUACCGGAGGAUUGACCAAUCUGGUGGUUCUGGCAGCUAGAGAGAGCCAACGCGCAGCAUACACAAUACCUCAGAUACGAUUCGUGAACAACUGUACUUUGCAAMKYCYGGAAGGACAUUGAACUGGUAUGAACGUUUKGGGAGGCYACUUCAUUUCUUUGAUUCGAUUUAAUGGUUUCGGUCUAUUUUUUCAUUAGUUUUCGUCGUAAGYCAGGAUGGAUAGUAUGGUGGUGAUGGUCUAUUCUUGGAUUAGGUUCAUUUAUAAAGCAACGUAAUAGCG